GCACAUAAAUGCAAGCCACUGCUGUAGAUCAGGGAUUUGUAGAAUAUAAACCCAUCCCUCCCACUCUGGCCUGAGUCUAACCCUACCUACCGCUACAAGCAACAAAUAAACCACAGUCGUCCAAUUUCAACUCAAGUUACAAUAAAAUAUCUUUAAUUCUAUACUCUAUAUAUACUGUCAAGAUGUCCACCCCAAAGGUCACCCUCUACUUCGACCUCCUAAGUCCAUUCAGCUACGUCGCCUUCCACAUUCUCAAGAACUCCCCCAUCUUCUCAAAAUGCAACAUAACCUACACCCCAAUCCUCCUGCGUGACCUCUUCGCCAAAUGCCAGAAUACGCCCCCGAUUGCUGUGAAGAACAAAUCAACCUGGAUAAACAAAGAACGCCUCUACUGGUCCCGUCGACUGAAACUUCCCAUGUGUGAAACUCCGCCCGCCGGAUUUCCCUUCCCGACUGCUGAGGUCCAGAGCAUAUUACUCGUCCUUGGUGAGCGGUAUCCAGAGAGACUAGCGUUGGUUGUGGAGAGGUUGUAUCGGGGACUUUGGGGAGAGGGGGAUUCGCGUGUUGUGACUACCGAUGGGUUCAUGGGUGUGUUGGAGGAGGUUUUCGGUGGGGAGGGUGCGGGGGAGAUACUUGAGGCUUCAAAAGAACCAGAGAUCAAACUCCGUCUGACGGAGAAUACUCAAAGAGCAUUCGACAACGGAGCGUUUGGAUUACCCUGGUUCGAGUGUGUGAAUUCUCGUGGCGAGAAAGAGUGUUUCUGGGGCGUGGAUCAUCUGGCGAGGGUGGUGGAGUUUUUGGAUUUGGAGAGGGGAGAUUCUAGUUGGGGUUUCUGACCUGUUAAUGCCUUUUCUUUUUUUUUUUAUCUCAUCCCUUCAUUUUUGAUUCUUCGGUGUCUUAGUAUGAUUGAUAUGUGGUCUGGUGUGGGUGUAUGAGUUUGUUGUGUGGCUAUGUACAACUGGUGUGGUGUUUUCUGCUGGAAGUUUUUAAACAUCCCUUUCGCUCUGUCCUUGAUCCUGGAGCAUAGAGAGAAAAAUGGACAAAAGUCUAUCGUACAGGUAAACCAGCUAACAA